AUGAGAAUGUUAUUGAAAGGAUAGAUCAAAUAAAAUAUUUAGGAUUCUGGUUUGAUAAAAAACUUACAUGGAAGACUCAUGUUAAUAAAAUAGUUGAAAAAAGUAAAAAAAUCUUAAAUAUAAUGAGGUGUUUAAGAGGAAAAGAAUGGGGAGCUGAUAGGAAAGCUUUAAAAACAAUUUACAUUGGUCUAAUCAGGUCAGUUUUUGAUUAUGGAUGUAUUUUAUAUAAUUCAGCUUCAAAUAGUUUACUUAAAACCAUAGAUAGAAUACAAUAUCAAGCAUUAAGGCUUUGUUGUGGAGCGAUGAAAAGUACCCCAAUUUCAGCUCUACAAGUUGAGAUGGGUGAGAUGCCGUUGGAGCUCAGAAGGAAACAAUUAGCAAUAACUUACUGGGCAAAUAUUAAAGGACAUAAAGAAAGUUAUCCUCCAUAUAUUAUGUUACAAUCUUGUCAAGAAAAAGAAAAAAAGCAAAUUAAUAGUUUUGGAUGGUUUAUAAAAAAUGAAAUAAGAGAUAUAGGAAUAAAUCAUAGUUUAAUUAGUCCUGUGAUUGUUCUUCCUGUUAUCCCACCAUGGAUAAUUGAGAUAGCGGAAGUUGAUUUAAGUUUACUGGAAAAAGGUAAACAAUUAGAAAAGAAAGAGGUGGAAAAUUAUAUUGGAAAUGAAUAUGCGGAAUAUAUACAAAUAUAUACAGAUGCCUCUAAAAUGUCAAAUAAUAAUAUAGGAAUAGCUUUUAUAAUUCCGGACUUAGAUAUUAUGAGAAAUAAAAGAAUAACAGACAAAUUGACAGUAUACACAGGUGAACUAAUGGCUAUUUUAAUGGCUCUAGAAUGGGUUGAGGAAACAAGAGAGAGAGCGGUUGUAAUCUGUUCAGAUUCAAGUAGUGCAUUAGUAAGUAUUGUAGAACAAAAUUCAGAAUCAAGGCAAGAUAUUAUAGCUGAUAUUAAUCAUUUAAUGUUUAGGAUUAAAAGUUAUGGAUCUCUGGUUAAAUUAGUUUGGGUUCCUGCUCACAUUGGAGUAAUAGGGAAUGAGCUGGCAGAUAAUUUUGCUAAGAAUGCAGCAAAAAAGUGUAUUGUUGAUUUAAAUAUUAAAAUGAGUAAAAAUGAGGUUAAAAAUAUUAGUAAAAUGUAUAUUAAGGAUAAAUGGCAGGAACAGUGGGAUAAAGGAAGCAAUGCCAGAUUUUAUUAUAGCAUCCAAAGAAAAGUUGGAGAAUUUAGGAAAUGUAGCAGGAAUAAAAAAGAAGAAGAUAUUAUAUCUAGAUUAAGGUUUGGACAUACAGGUUUAAACAGUACUCUUAAAAUAAUUAAUAAACAUGAUACAGGUUUCUGUAGUUAUUGUGGGAAAUUAGAAACAAUACAACAUUGUUUUUUAGAAUGUAGUAAGUAUGUUCGAGAAAGGGAGGAAUUAAUUAGAAAUUUAAAUAGGAAUAAAAAUAAAUUAGAUAUUAGAAGUUUGCUUCAAAGAUCAUCGGGGGACGUAGUUUUUAAUAGUAUUUUUAAUUUUCUAAGGAGAACAGGUAUUAUGGGAAGAUUAUAGUGACUUUACAUCUGAUCCAUACUCCAGUCUAGAAGGUGGCGGUAAUGCACCUAAAAGUUGUUUGCCAACCGCCAUAAAAAAAAAACAAGAAGAAGAAGAAGAGGCUGGCGACCAUGGAGGCGACCGCAAACCCAACGCCACACCACCUGAACUGAAAGACAUGAUCAAAUUCUGGACCGGAUGGGAAAAUCUGCCAUCAAGUCUGUCUGUGGAGAUUGUUCAUGGAAACUACCCAACAGCUGCCACAUGCUACGAAACGCUAAGAAUUCCUUGUCACUACAGGAGUUACAAAUCUUUCAGUGGUGCAUCUUUGUGACGCUGAGUAGUCGGCUUGUGAGAACCCAGUUCUGG